AUGUAUGCAAUAGACCCCAGCAGCCUCGCAGAAGAAACAGUGCAGCAGCAGCUGCUGCACUUGGCCAAAGACAUAAUGGGUUAUCCCAAGCCCGCAGCAACCCUCGCUGUACCCUCCCCGAGGCCCCCCCAGGGGGCCCCGGGGGGCCCCCCGGGGGCCCCCUCGGGGGGCCCCCAUGGGGUGGACUCUCAGGAGGUGGAGACUGUGAGGCUGCAGGAAGGGCCGCCUCGGAAGUCUGGAGAGGCGGCAGCCGCGGCUCCAGGGAACUCAUCGCAAGAGAUGCUGCUGCUCGUUCACAUCACCAAAAAACAACUUUGGGAAAAGAAGAACAUUACAAAGCCUGUCUCAAACUCGUCAUCGACCACAUGGACCCCCACGUCUGCUGCUGCUGCUGCUGCUGCUGCUGCUGCUGCUGCUGCUGCUGCGGGUGGUGCUGCUGCUGCCGGUGGUGCUGCUGCUGCGGGUGGUGCUGCUGCUGCGGGUGGUGGUGGUGGUGGUGGUGCUGCUGCUGCUGCGGGUGGUGCUGCUGCUGCGGGUGGUGGUGGUGCUGCUGCUGCUGCGGGUCGUGCUGCUGCUGCGGGUGGUGCUGCUGCUGCGGGUGGUGGUGGUGCUGCUGCUGCUACUGCUGCGGGUCGUGCUGCUGCUGCGGGUGGUGCUGCUGCUGCGGGUGGCGGUGCUUUUGCUGCUGCUUAUGAUAAGACGGAGCUGCAGAUCACCGUAGAUGCUGAGCAAGCCCCCGCUGCAGCUGCAGCAGCAGCAGCAACAGCAGCAGCAGCAACACCGGCAGCAGCAUUAACAGCAGCACCAACAGCAUCACCAGAAGCAUCACUAACAGCACCACCAGCAGCAUCACCAGCAGCAGCAGCAGCAGCAGCAGCAGCAGCAGCAGCAGCAGCAGCAGGUGCUUCGGGUGUUGUGCGCGUAGGGCUGUACGUGGGGGGCUGGGUGCCCGCCUCGGAGCUGCUGCCAGUGGGGGGCCCCCGAGAGGGGGGCCCCCCCUGGCAGGGGGCCCCCCUUGAGAUAUCUGAAGGAGAAGUUCGAAGUCCAGUACCCUUGACUUCGAGGCCCUCUUUGGAGUCUUCAGCCACUUUAAGGGGGCCCCCCGCGGGGCUGCAGGCCCGCAUGCAAACCCUGGGGGGCCCCUCCCAGGGGGGCCCCCGGGGGGCCCCCGGAACUGCCAGCCCCGAGAGGGCCCCCCAUGCAGUCCGCCGCAGGGUUUCGCCUUCCCAAACCCGAGCCAAGGGGCUCCACCAGAAGCUGGGCCAGGCUUUGCAGGUGAAGCAAAAUAUAAAGCCUGCGGAGCUGCGGCGGAGGUUUAUGGGGGCCUUCAAUGAAGAAAGAAACAUAGAAGACUUUUUGCAAGAAACUCCGAGAAUAAGAAGACAGACCUGCGAGCACUUCUGCAAGGGCCUCAUUGUGCGGGUGCAGCAGCCGGUGGUGGGGCCCUUCGCGCGCGGGGACCCCGCGAGCCAGCAGCAGCAGCAGCAGCAGCAGCAGCAGCAGCAGCAGCAGCAGCAGCAGCUCGGGGGCCCCCGCGGCGGCCGCAGGGCCACGGACAUUCUUGACCCUGGCAACCAGCUGGACAGGCCCUUCGCCUGGGCAGAGGAGCGGCCGGAGCUGCGGGUGGAGGGCUGGCGGCGGGCGGAGGAGGCGGGGCUGCCGGAAGCCAUGGUCUUUGUCCACGGCUAUAACACCAAUGAUGUUCAGUCAAUGCAAAUAAUGGCGCAAAUGGCAGCUUUUGGAAACUUCCCUUCUUACAUAAAGCCUUUUCUCUUCACCUGGCCAGCCGGCGACAACUUCCUCGAGUUCUUCGACGCCAGGGAAAACGCAAAAAACCCCCAACUCCACCAGGCAUUCACCGACUUCUUCAGGGCCCUCAGAGACAACGGCAUUCGGCAAAUACACCUGCUGGCCCACAGCCUCGGCUCCCGCCUCCUCAUUAUGAGUCUCCACAGAAUAGAACAAGAAGAUUUGCUGCUGAAGCUGGCCUACUUAGAAGACAUGGGAGAAGGGAAUGCGCAGCAGCUGGCUGACCAGCGGAAAAUUCAUAUUGUGUCUUUGAACUUUUUGAACCCCGAGUUCUUCCUCGAAGACUUCGUUGCCAAGGAAUAUUCCUUUUUGAGGCAGUACUGCAGCAACAUUUCCAUCUUCUGCGACGCCCACGACGGAGCCUUGUGGUGGUCGGAGCUGUUUAGCGGCAAGCAGGCCCUGGGGCGAAGUGUCUUUGGGCUUUACGCGAGGCCCAACGAAAGCCAGUCUGGAGAGCAGCAGCAGCAGCAGCAGCAGCAGCAGCAGCAGCAAGACCUGCGGAAGCCUCCGCUGUACGCCAGCAGCACAGCUUGCUUCCAGGGCUACGAGCCGCAGCACAUGCAGGCCGACACCCGCGACUGGCUCGAUGUAGACGUCAUCGACAUGACUUGGCUCGGAAAUAAUGUGCAUGCACUUCGCCACUCCUACUGGUCUCUGAACAGAGAGGUUAUUGAGGACCUCCGGGAACUGAUUGUGACGCGCAAAAGAGCUCGCCAGAGAACUUCGCGGCUAGACAGAAGGGAGGGAAAUGUUUGGGUUUAUAGAGUUGCUCCUUCUUCCCUCACUUCCAUAUUUGACAGUGACAUCUAA